AUGAAACAAUUGAAAAAUGUAAAAAAAAAAGUGUUAAACAAGGAAACGGCUAAUAAAAAAGUAAAACCAUUCAAUAAAAACACAGACAAUACAACUAAUGAGACACCAAACAUAAUAUUAGUGAAUAUAACAAUGGAAGACUUUAUGAGAGAACGUGAAGAAAUGGCAAAGAAAAAUCUUUACAUGGAUGCCAAGUAUAAAUGCAAGGAUUGUAUAAAAAGAUUCAUAUAUAAGGAAAUAUAUAAUGAACAUAUGAAACUGCAUUUAGAGAGUAAUGGUAAAUACAUGUGUGAAAUUUGCAAGCAAAGAAUGGAUUCAGUAGAAAAAUUAGCGAGGCACAAGAAAAAGCAUUUAAUUCGUUAUAAAUGUCAGGAAUGCGGAAUAAUAAGGAAUAAUCAAAGCACAAUAAAGGAUCAUUAUACAUCAGUUCAUAAUAAGCAAAACGUUCCCUACCAAUGUCCGGACUGUUCUAGAGAGUUCUUAACCAAUGGAGCCCUUCGCAGACACAAAUAUUAUAGACAUAAAAAGAAUAGAAUUACCUGCGAUAUUUGCUUGAAGUCAUACGUCACCAAAUACUAUUUGAGGACACACAUUCAAUUACAACAUUCGGGAGAUAAUCAAUGGCAGGAGUCCCGAUGCAAAUACAAGUGUGAGGAAUGUGGUAAGGCGUUCUCGUCCCCGUCUCAACUUAAACACCAUAUGAUAAAGCACUCUGACACGAGGAGCUUUUAUUGCGUUGAGUGUAAUAAAACGUUCAAAACCGAGAUAUCUUUAAAUCAACAUUUAAAAAGGCUGCCUCACGUCAAAUACUCGGAAUUACCGUGA